ACACAGCUGUCCCAAGAGCGGACGCUCAACACAAACUCGAACUUACAGAAAUGGCGAUCGAAAGAUUGAUCACACUCACCCUAGCGGUGGUGGCGGCGGCGGCGCUCGCCGCGUCGAUGCCCACCAAGAAGGAGCCGGGCAAGCUGGACCUGUCCGAUGCGAUUAACAAGACGGUGUGCCCCAUCAAAAUCGAGAUCAACGACGACCCUAAGCGGAUCCCGCGCCGCAUCAAGGAGAUGAAGUGCCGGGACGACCCGAACGUUUGGUGCUCGAAGAAUCACAUCCCGUCGAACGAGUGCUGCCAGCACCAGCACGCGGCGGUGCACAUGCAGUGCGUCGAGAUACAGGACUGGGUGCAAGUAUACUACCCCGAGACCGACGACACGCAGACCUCGCGCGUCUCCGUCGGCUGUAUGUGCGUGAUGCAGCAGGGCGAGAUGGCGCAGGACUCGCAGCCGAGCUGACCGCCUCGCGCCACUCGCGGCUCCUGAGGCCCACUCAUAGUUCCUACACUCCACUAGUGAUAAUCGACUUAUUUAUUUCGUGGGCGAGUGUGCUUGUAUAUAUGUGCAUGUUAUUAUUUAUUAUGAACACUAUGGUUGUGAAGUGUACGCAUACUGCGGCUCCGGCGGGUAUCGGAGCCAUUAGUGCCCUGGGUCGCCGGCUGGACCGGCGCGCCUGUCGACGGACAGAUCUCUCUAGACCCUGUAUCAGGCGUCUGAUUAGUUAAGAGGAUGUUAUUUAUUAAUUUAAACUACUGUUACAAUUUUUCAAUAUAAAAUUACAAUGA